AUUCACUUCGCCGAAGCGCAAAGUGCCCGUGGCAUUCCAUACGUUUUUUGUUGACACUUGGACAGAGACAGUGGAUUGUUUAUAAUAAGUUUUGCACAUAUCAGGCUGUCAACGUCCCAAAUGAGAUAAAAUGACCCAAGCAAGUUCUCUAAGGUACAGGCAUCUGAAGCUUGGAUAGCACAAAUGUUAAAAUAACACAAGGUGACGAAAAGGGACGGCCAUGUGGAAAUUCUGACUCGGUGAAAGAAGUAAAAGAAGAAAAACAACAACAGCAGGAAAUGAUGAGGAGUGAAGACACAGUGCUUUCAACUUCAUCUCAUUCUCCAAAAGAGACUGAAAAGUUAAACAACAAUAAUGCUACUGACAAGCAAGUUGAUGACACAGGGACACACAUCAAUACACAAGUAAAUGAAAGGCCUUAUGAAUGUACCUUCUGCUGGAAAACUUUCAAUCGUCCUGAACAUCUAAAGAAACACGUGAGAGUACACACAGGUGAGAAGCCUUAUACAUGUGAUGUGUGCGGGAAGGCAUUCAGUCAAACAAGUACCUUAAACACACACAAAAGGACACAUACAGGUGUAAGGCCUUAUAAAUGUGAGGAGUGUGGGCGGGCAUUCAACCAAUCGGGUGCCUUACAGACGCACAUGUUAACACACACAGGUGAUAAGCCUUUUAAAUGUGAUGUGUGUGGACAGGAAUUUAUCCAGGGUAGUAACCUAAAGGCUCACCUGAGGAUACAUACAGGUGAUAAACCAUAUAUAUGUUAUAUCUGUAAUAAAGUAUUUGGCCAAUUAGGAAACUUGAAAUUGCACUUAAAGAUACAUUCAAAUGACAAAAAACCUUUUCAAUGUGACUUGUGUGGGAAGGCGUUUCAUAGAUCAGGUGCACUACGUACGCAUAGUAGGACACAUUCAAACGAUACACCUUACAAAUGCGAUGUCUGUGGUAAGGCAUUCAAGCGCCAAGAUUACUGUCAGAGGCACUUAAAGACGCACACAGCCGAAAAUAAACCUCAUAAAUGUGAAGUGUGUGAAAAAGCCUUUAAGAAACCUGGGCCUUUGAUGAGACACAUGCAGACACACAAAAAAUCUUUCAAAUGUGCCAUGUGCGAUAAAAUAUACAAGCAGUCGGAUAAAUUACGUAUUCACAUGAGGAAGCACACAGGGGAGAAACCGUAUAAAUGUGAUUUGUGUGAGAAGGCGUUCUCCGCACUUAAAAUGCUACGGAAUCACACGAGGGUACACACAGGUGAAAAACCCUAUAAAUGUGAUGUGUGUGGGAAGGCUUUCUCACAGUCGUGUACCUUACGCAUACACAGGAGGAUACAUACAGGAGAAAAACCCUAUAAAUGCGAUUUAUGUGAGAAGGCGUUCUCAGCAACAUCAAAGUUACAGAGUCACAUAAAGACACAUACAGGUGAAAGACCAUACAAAUGUGAUGUGUGCGGGAAAGGAUUCAGGCAUUCGAAUGCUUUACAAGUACAUAAUAGGAUCCAUACUGGCGAGACUCCUUAUAAAUGUGAUUUUUGUGACAAGGCGUUCUCGGCUUCAGGAAGAUUAAAGAGUCACAGGAGGACACACACAGGUGAAAAACCUUAUAAAUGUAAUGUGUGUGGGAAGGCAACCAACCGACCAGGUGAGUUAAAAAUACACAUGAGAACUCAUACAGGUGAAAAACCUUACAAAUGUGAUGUGUGUGGGAAGGCUUUCACUGGAGCAGGGGUCUUAAGAAAACACCUCCGGAGGCAUUCAGAUGAUAAAAGUGAUACUUGUGAGAAGACAUUCGAAAAGGCAUUCCCUGUAUCCGUACAGAAAAUAGAGUGGACAGAACCCCCACAAAUUCUUCACUCCAGUGAUGAGAAAAUGUCAGAAUACAUGCAGUGAUUAACCUUUACAAUGUGUCAUGGAAAUGCACUCAAGCAUUCAAAGAUUUUUACAGAGACAAAUACAUAUAGGUGAUGUUUCCAAAGAACAAUCAAGCAGCCAGGAGACUCAAGGAAAAAUGUUCUACAUGUAGUAUACCUCAGAAAAUGUGUGAGAAGGUGUUUAUGAAGUUGAUUUAUUUAAACAUGUUAAAAUAUAUAAAAAUAUAUUUGUAUGUGUCAAUAAAAUAUGUAUUCUAAUAACAUGACCAAAGUAAAGCCCCUGAGAAAGAUGUCCUUCCCAGAAGAAAAAGUGAUGGAUAAGCAUGCAUAAUGAUGUUUUAUACCACAAUGAAAUAGUGAAAAGAGACCAAUAAACAUGAUAAAAAAAACCCAAAAUAAACCUGUGAUAUAUAUAUCAUGUAUUUUAAAAAUAUGU